AUGUCGAAUCUUGCUAAACUUGAGUUCGUUGUACUCGACGACAUGAUGGGAAAGAAUUAUUUGUCUUGGAUCAUAUAUGUAGAAAUGCGUAUAGAGUCAAUGGGUCUAAUCGGCUUGAAAUGCAAACAUCUCACAGUUAAAGAUACACUUGUGCUUUCGAAAAGUCUAAAGGAGAGAUGUGACCACCAGAAAGCAGUCAUACUUCCCGCCACUAGCGAUGAGUGCGACAAUUUACGUUUUAAGGAUUUGAAGAAAGUCAACGACUACAACUCUGCCAUGUUUAGAAUUGUUUCACAACUGAAAUUUUGUGGAGUAAAUAUCACAGAUGGUGAAAUGCUAGAGAAAACCUACUCCACUUUACAUGCAUCUCACAUUACCUUGCAACAACAAUAUUGUUUGCGCGGUUAUAAGAAAUUUUCAGAGCUAAUAUCAGCUCAUCUUGUGACAGAGAAAAAUAAUGAAUUGUUGAUUAAAAAUCAUCAGUCUCAUCCCAUAGGUAGAGCAACAUUUCUAGGAGCAAGUGUUGCAUUCUCAAAAUCCGGGACGGGGUAA